AUGGAUCGUUCCUCGUGGCUUUCCGUCUCUAUCAUCUUUCUCAUUAUUUUGGCAGUUUUAUUGUUGCUUUAUUUUGUCGUGGGAAUUAUUGUGCGGUACCACAAGGGCAUGCGACACUGUCCGGAGGUGCUACCAAACUAUCGUUGUUGGUGUGGUCUUUUUCACGGCCUUGUGGUGUUACUCACAUGUGGCCGCUAUGCACCACGCUUUGCUUAUUGCUUGAAUAAUUAUCGUUAUGGCAACAGUGGUGGGGACAUGCAUGAGUCGGCAUUGCCGAGCCGACCACGGCAGGCUCGUCACCUCGCGUUUGAAGCGCUUCAGAGCGAUGAUGAGGAAGACGAGUCCAGUUGGGAAAUAAAUGUCGCCAUGCAACCGUCCGAUGCAGUGACGGUUUAUCCCACCGUUUAA